AGUAUCAUGCGUAUCGACAUGGGGCAAUUACAAAAGUUAAUAAUCAUUACAAUAGGCAUAUGAUUAAACAAUAACCGCUGUAGAAUUGUGUCUUUUAUUCGGGUAAAAGCAAAAUACAGUGCAAACGCUCUGCGGCUCUGGCUAUAAAUUCACAGAAGACAUGGAGAAAUUUCUGGGCCUGAUCAAGAGCUGUUUGGGACGCGCGCCAUCCCAUCCUCCACAGCGGACACUACGAAAAUGCAAAGCCUCCGCGACCGAUUUCACUGAUAUGCCACAUAGCUGUUGGGCUGAUUCGAUGUUUCGGGAUGUUGUUGGUGGAGUGUGGACGGCGAACCCUCUCGAUGCAAAUAUCGUUGUGAGUCCCUUCGCGGUGGAUAUUCUUUGGAAAGGUCUGUUUCCUGAAUAUCCUGUCUCCCUGAACACGCGUCCAUUCCCUCCGGUUUCGGUGUACAGUUUUAGUGUAAAGUAUCCGGAAAUGAUUCAACCCAUCGCGGACAUGGUCGGUGCGUUGAAUUCUAUUACUACCGCGCUUUUCCCUGAUUAUGCCUCCCUUUUGGCUCCGCAUUACGAGAAGACACCAGAAUUAGCCGAAAAUUGCAGAUUUAUUGGAGGCAUUGUGGAACGGUUCCCUGAAAAACCUCCCGCCACAACGGACCAAAAUGUGGAGGGAAAAAUAACCAUGUUAUUAACGCAUUAUAAACGCGAAGCGCAGUUGAUCAUGGUGAAUAUCGCCGAUUUCUCCGGUCAGUGGGAAUUUCCUUUUGACGAAGCAGAAACCAAGACAGGGACGUUUCACGGUCUGGCUAAUGUUGAAAAAACCGUGGCGUUCAUGACAAAUAAAAAUCUCAUAUGUCGUCAGGUCAAUAUUUAUAACAAGCGACUGAAAACAAAUGUUGCACAGAUGAUCAUUCUCCAUAUGGCCGAGAAAAAAUUCUGCGUUAUGCUGAUUUUACCGGCAAAUAGCAACGAAGGAAUAAAUGACUUUGAAAGAGAGCUGACCGUUGGAAAAUUGUUGGCAUGGCGGCAGAAGAGCAAGGAAGACCUGGCGCACGUUGUUCUCCCAAAGUUCCGUAUCUGCUGUGAUGUGGAAUUGCGACCGUUUGACUCAGAGAUGAAUAUGGACAAACGUCUGGCACUGGCAACCGCGGAUCGUAUUACGGUGUCCAGGGAAAAUGGGCAAUUCGCGGCUGUCAGCCAAUUCCGACAGCAGGUUGCCGUAGAGAUGAAUGAAUUCGGCAUUAAUGCAGCUCCGGCAGCCUACUGCAGCAAAGAGUUUAAUACUGGGGAUUCUAAACCGGAUUUCCUGGCAAAUCGUCCGUUCUUGUUGAUUAUCUGGAACGAAAUGGUCAACGUUCCCGUCUUUAUGGGUCGCAUCACGGAGCCCUGUUGAUGCGGAUCGUUAAUGUCAUCAUGGCAUGUCGUUAAUAUCGUUCGGAGCAUGCUGACGCAAAACUCUGUAUGGACACGAUGAGAAAUCCAAAGACUUCGGUCAGCUUUGUAGUUGUCAUGGCGGGAUAUCAUUCAUCAGUCAGCAAUCAAAGUGACCGGCAUGUACUCGUCCCCAGGAAUUUCCAGGAGUGCAUCUAAGCUGGCAACCCAUGUCGCGCGCUACAUAAAUAGUUCCCGUUCUAUCUGCUGCCGAUAGUUCCUUAUUCAUCGCACAACUUUCUUUUUGAUUUGUUUUUCCAGAGUCUGUAAUCAUCAAAAGAAAACUGGAAAAUAUCGGAAUUUAAAACUUUUGAAAAUUGCAAACGUGGAAGAAGGUUUCUUUUACAGUGCAUC